AUGAGGGAGUGUCACCUUAGAGGUAGUGCAGGUGGUAUGGCACAGCCUACUGGGUCCGUUGCUGGUUCAUCUUCUUUUGUGGCUAUGCGCCCUACGGGGCAAGGUAUUCAGGCGCCAGCAGGCCGUGGUAGAGGACGUGGUAGAGCUUCCAGUUCUAGCGGUCCCUCGAAUCGUAUAUAUGCGUUGACUAAUAGGCAGGAUCAGGAGGCGUCACCUAAUGAGAUCACAGGAAAGAUAGUUCGAUUUCAAUUUCCAGGGGAACCAAUUAUUGAGUGGAAGGGGAGUACAGUAUCGCCAAAAGACGAUAUUCUGGUCUAUUCACGUUCAGAAAAGGAGCAUGCAGACAAUUUAAGGACGGUACUUAGGGUGCUUCAGCACAAGAAGUUGUAUGCUAAGUUUUCUAAGUGCGAGUUCUGGUUGACUUCAGUCGCAUUCUUGGGGCAUAUUAUUGGAGCUGAUGGUAUUCGGGUAGACACGCAGAAGAUUGAGGCGGUAAAGACUUGGCCCAGACCUACGACACCUACUGACGUACGCAGCUUUCUGGGGUUAGCAGGAUAUUACAGGAGAUUCGUAGAAAAGUUUGCCUCAAUUUCAGCGCCUUUGACAAGGCUAACUCAAAAGGCAGCCAAGUUCCAGUGGACUGAUGCUUGUGAGCGAAGCUUCCAGCUAUUGAAAGACAAAUUGACUAAAGCUCCAGUCCUAACUCUUCCGGAGGGACCAGACGGCUAUGUUAUUUAUUAUGCUCUUAGCCGUAAGUCCAUGGGUAGCUUGACAGAUGUACAACCAGAAAGGAGGGAGAUGGUUCGGGAGAUUCAGCGGCUAUCCAGCAUUGGAGUCCGUCUGGCUAAUUCAGAAGAUAGUGGAGUGUCUAUUCGAGAGGUUGCUGAGUCCUCAAUAAUAGAUGAGGUAAAGAGACACCAAUACGAGGACCCUAUUCUGGCACAGUAUAGAGAUGCAGCUCUUCAAAAGGAAAAGACCCCAUUUAAGGUUACACCUGACGGAGUGUUACGAUAUGAAGGCAGAUUGUGUGUACCCGAUAUUGGGGGGCUACGACGGCAGGAGAUAGAGCUCCCGACUUGGAAAUGGGAGAUGAUUAAUAUGGACUUCAUUACAGGCUUACCUCGCACUCAACGGAUGUAUGACUCUAUAUGGGUUAUUGUAGAUAGGCUGACGAAAUCGGCCCAUUUUCUUCCAGUCAGGACUACUUAUUCGGCUGAAGAUUAUGCGAGGUUGUAUGUCAGGGAGAGAGUGAGACUUCAUGGGGUUCCCACGUUCAUUAUAUCAAACAGAGGAGCUCAAUUUACAGCCAACUUUUGGAGAUCGUUUCAGAAGGGAUUGGGGACACAGGUGAACCCUAGCACAACAUUUCACCCUCAGACUGAUGGGCAGGCUGAGCAUACUAUUUAG